CGCGUAUCGCGUAUUGCUGUUGGUACGUGUUAUUAUUAUCGUCAUCGUCAUCGUCGUCAUCACCAUCAUCAUCAUCGUCAUUAAUCAUUACCUCCAUCGUCAUCGUCAUCAUCAUCGUCGCCGUACUUACUCGGGGGAGCCGUACAGGUGUAGGUAUAUACUGAACACACACACUUCGACGACGACGGUCGCGAGCGGCUUUCACAACCGCUGCAACAGCGCGCACACGCGCACGCACACGCCGACGGUCGACGUUUCGCGUUUCGCGUUUUUGUGUUUUCUCCGCCGCCGCCGUGCGUGUUUCUCUUUUCCCGUGCCAGUACAGUCGCCGAAUCCGUCGGAAUCUCUCGCGUUGUACGCCAUCCGUAUAGGUACUCUGUGCAUUCGUCUUCGUUGCCGAUAGUUUGUAGGUAACAAUUUGUCUUACCAGUAUCAUAUAAUAUACGAAGAGAGUUCCGCGCUAUUAUUCGUCGACGGUCGAUGUAAUAUCGUAAUAAUAUUAUUCAUUGCGUACACAUUAUAUUGUAGGUAGAGCCAGUCAGGUAGGCAUUAUAUUAUAGUUACCAUAAACAAUACGGCUGCCCGCACUCUCUCUCCGUCUAUCUCUUUCGCCCAUUCGCGCCGUCCGUCUGCUCGGGGAUGACAGACGAUGAAAAAUAAUUAAAAAUAAUAUCCCGAGUAUCCUCAUCGCAAACGAUAUACUAAAUUAUAGUGUUGCAAAUUGUAUACCGCAGUCGUCGGGGAAAUUCGUGGACCGAAAAGACUUGAGGCGACAUCGCACAUCAUCAUCAUCGUCAACGGCGUAACGACGACAACGAAUUGCCACUGCAAAAAUACAUGUGUAAUAGUAGCAACUGUCUGCUACUUUCGAGGCGUGUGUCUUUGCAGUAGAUCUAUAGAUCCAGAUUUAUAGAUAUUUCUAUCAGUUCACACAUGUUUGUCUCAUCGCCGCUGCUGGUCGUUGCUAUCGAGGCUUAGAUGUUGCCUCAAUUUACUGCUUUAAGAAAUGCCUGGAUUGAAAGAUAUGUCGAUGCAACAACCAGGAAAUAAUAGUAAAAGAGAACUAAACGAAAAACCAAUAAUGCCUUACCAUCGAAACAGCGUCAAUUCAAAUGGGUACUCAACAGAUGGAGGCCAACAAAGUAUGGCUGGUGAGGAGAGGAAUGGCGAUGAAAAUAAUUCAGCUCCAACUUAUGUAAUCGAACAUUUAGCCACAUUUACGGUUUCGAAAAGUACUGGUAUAGUUUAUCCAGCUGAUGGCAUGAGGAGACUAUUGCACCUUGAAAAAUCAAACGGUAUUUGGUCACAAAAAAUGCAACUGCGUCUUGAUCAAUCUUGGGUUUUGAUAAUGGAUUUUGAAACAGGUGUUGUAAUGGAACGAUUUCCAAUUUCAUUAGUAAAAGAACCAACUGCUUUUACGAGUAACGAUCCAAUGGAAAUUUAUAAUAAUAUUCUAGUAUUUGUAGUUGGUCAAGUUGAUUCACGAUCAGAGAUGCACAUAUUUCAAAGUCAAAGUGUACCAGCUCAAGAAUUAGUUGACGAUCUAAAGCUUCUGAGGUCUGGAAAAGGAAUUAAUAGAAAGACAAGACAUGUACCACCGCCUCCCCCAACACCGCCACCAAAUCCACCAUCAAACGGUGUCAGUGUACGAGAACAAGUGUCUGUUUUUAAUGCUGUUGCUCAUCAUUCUGAUAAUAUCACUCGAGUUGAUGAUGAAACAAGUUCGACUUCUAGUGAAAAAUAUGAGAGAGAUGUUAUAGUACUGAAUCACUGCUUCGAUGAUAUUGAGAAAUUCAUUGCAAGGUUACAACAUGCUGCUGCUGCAUCUCGAGAACUAGAACGCCGGAGAAGGAACCGUAAAUCUAAAAAGAAGGACAUAGGUGACGGAAUGCUUACAAUGAGAGCUAAACCACCUCCAGAAAUUGAGUUUAUUGAUAUCUUUCAAAAAUUCAAACUGUCGUUUAAUCUUUUGGCUAAACUAAAAGCUCAUAUUCAUGAUCCAAAUGCUCCAGAACUUGUACAUUUCUUGUUCACUCCAUUGGCAUUGAUUGUUGAUGCUUCUCACGACACUCAAUAUAAACCAAACAUUCCAUCUAGAGUUGUAUCACCUUUACUCACAAGGGACGCAAUUAAUCUUUUGAUGAACUGUGUAACCAGUAAAGAAACAGAACUAUGGCAUUCUUUAGGCGAUGCUUGGCUUAUACCAAGAGAACAAUGGAAAGGCUAUGCGGCUCCUUACCAUCCAAUUUUUAUGGAUGGGUGGUCACCAGAAUAUCCAAUUCCAGUUUCUGAUGAUCAUUUAACUAAUGUUCCAACUACCGGUGCAAUUGAAUCAAAGAAAUCAAGAGAAGAAAUUAAAAAUUCAAAUCCUGAGGGAGAAUUACGUGACACUUUAUAUCACCAUCGUGAUCGAGAACAUGCUGGGGUUGGUGAUGAUAGUAGUGAUUAUUUUGAAUAUGAACACGAACAGUCAGCUAUGAUGGGCAUUAGACCACAGUAUACGUUUAACACUAGUGGUAAUUAUUCUGGUCAUCAUCAAGAGCAAUUUGGACCAGAUGAUAGAGAUGAUUCACACAGUUUGGAAGGCGAGUCUGAACCUGAUUUUAAUACACUGUCACUUCAUAGUCCACCAAGAAUGGAUAAAGAACGUGCAGAUAAUAUGGCGGCACGCAGUGACAUAUCUGCUGAUUCGAUUGAGCGUAAUAAUGCAAGUGGACCGGGAAGUGAGAGAUUUGAAAGAGCUCAAGCUAGAUGGUUAGAAGACAUGCGGGCUCGAGGUGUGAAAAUAGUCCAAGUAACUUAUCCUAGAACAGCAAAUAAUGAUAAGGAAUUAUCUGUUGUACGCGGUGAAUUGUUAGAAAUUUUGGACGAUAGUAGAAAAUGGUGGAAAGCUCGAAAUAACCGUUCACAAGUGGCUCAUGUACCUCAUACCAUUGUUACACCAUUUAAUCCAAUGCUGGACUCAAACGAUAUAUUUACAAAUCCAGUGUAUGCUAAAGGGUAUGAUAAAAGAUCAGCUUCGCAAUCACAAAAUUACACACAAGAGUCUAUAAAGAGUGAAUUUGUUGAUCAAAGCAUGAGUUCUGAUCCAUCCAGAAGUACUUCUGUACAACCACCAGUUCCAGCACCGGCUGAUUGGGUACGAAAAGAACGAAUUGGUAAAAAGGGAGAAUUCCGUUAUUUUUAAUAAAAAGAAAAAUAUUUACAUCAAUAAACCUUGAUUGACAUAAUCUAUAUUAUAUUUUUAUUUUGAAGGAUCAUUUUUUUUGUUUUUAUUUGUUAUCAAAUUUGUUUUGUGAAUAUAUCAUAUUGCAAAUUCUAGUUGUUAAGACAUUUUGAUGAUUUUUAAAAUUGUUGAGUUUAUGUUUUUAAUCAAUUUUGUUGUCUUGUAUACAUUUAUACUAUUCUUAAUAAUUAAUCCAUUAAAUCAUUUUCAUUUUUUUGGUACUUUACAUUUUAAAUACAAAAAUUGUAUCAUAGCAUUAUAGGGGUUUGAUUUUCUUUUUAAUCUUGGAAAUACAUAAAAAAAUAAUAUAUUUAUUGACUUUAUUAUAUUGUAAUAGGAAAAAUUAUUUUAGUAUUGAAAAUGUAAAAAGCAUUAUGUAUAUCAUUUUAUUGUCCUACAACAUUUAAUGUAAAUAAAUAACGUACAUUUUUUUUAAACAUAGUCUAUAACGUAUUAUAACAUAUUUAAUUAAUUCAUUAAACAAUAUUAUUAUUCAAAAAUUUAAAAUUAUUACCUUUAACAAUAAUAUAUUUAAAUAUAAUUUAAUCAUUUUUUACUAAUUUUACCAAUUAAAAUUGAUUGAAAACCAUUCAAUUACUUAAAAACAAUAUUAUUUUCCAAUAAAGUUAUUAUAUUUUGUAUAAUAUGAUUUUUUACAUUUAUUUCUGACAUAUUUUAUAUAACUACUUUUGUCAUUUAGUUUUGGGUAUUUAAAUACUUCUUUUAUAUAUAUUUAAAUACGAUUUUAAGUCUAAUUAAGUUGUUAAAGAAAGCACGUAAAUUAAUAAUAUUUCAUUAUUAUAACUUAAUAUAUAAUAGUAUUAUAUAAUAUUUACAACUGUAAACAUGCAAUGUAGGCAUCAAUAUGUUAGCGAAUUAUUUUAUUAUUAAUAUGCCUACAAAAUAUUAAAUAUAUUCUUUUAAUAUUUAACAUUAAAAAUGUAUAAAAUAAAUAAAUAAAUAUAAUUAUUAUUUUAGCAUCCAAUUGUACCUACUUAACUUUAUCAUAGUGAAUUAUAUACAUAAUAUUGUUAUUAGAACAAAUUCAAAUGUUUUAUUUUUGUUAUGUAUACGUAUGUUAUAUAUAUAAACUUUUUAUAUUAUUUUUAAUUUAAAUACUAUAUAUACUUCAAAAUAUAUCAACAGGUAACCUAUAUAUUAAAUGUGUAUUUUAUAUUAUAUGUAGGUCAUGGUUAUAACAAACAUUAUGUAAAAUUAGAAAAUUAAGCAUUUUUAACAUUGCAUGAAAAAAAUAUUGAAACUUUUAUUUUGUCAUUUACGUUUAUUGAACCAAUCAAAUGAAAAUAAUUCAAUAUUGUUUUUUUUUUUAUAUAAAAAAUACCAAAGAGAUUAAUAUAACUUGUACAAUGAAGUAAUAAAUGUCAUGGUCUUCUUAUUAUUUAUUAGAUUUCUUUUACAUGUGUCAUUACUUCAUCACUUCCCUGUUACUUGGUAUUCUUAACACAAUAAUACGUAUCUAUAUUAUUAAGACAGAUGAGAACUUAAUUUUUUUAGGUAUAACUUUAAAGUUACAACUUGUCAAUUAAUUGUUCUGGUCUCCUGUAUAAACAAUUUCUUAAAGUUCUAUUUAAAUGUAUACUCGGCGUACUCAUAGAUAACAUAUAACAUAUAAAUAUUGUAUGUACAAUAAAAAAUUGCUUACAAAUAUAAACCCCAUAUUUUAUUUUUUUA